AUGGUCAAAAUCUUGGAAGGAUCUGUUACAGUACUAGAAUUUAAUGGAAAAGAUCAAAUUCCAACAUCGGAGGAAUUUUAUAAUCAAUACAUUAAAUUUAGAAAACCAGUAAUUAUUAAAAAUUAUAUUUCACUCUUUGGAAGUGAAGAUUCGGAAUGGAAAAAGGUAAAAGAAGAAUGGCAAUUGGGAAUUUCUUCAUCAAAUCAAGAAGAAAUGGUAAAGGAAAUGAAAGAACGAGAAUUGGAAAUGUUAAAUUAUUGGAAGAAUAGAUUUAAUAAUCUUGAUGUAUUUGUUAGUGAAUUGAGAGAGAAUGGAUUAUCACAUCCACCCAAUUAUGAAAAGGUAAUUAAAUUGAGUGCUAAAAUUAUUUAA